UUAUUUUUCUAAUUAUCUUAAUUAAAAUACACUUCAUUGAUUUAAUUGACGUGAUAUAUAAUAUGGAUAUGCCACAUUAUGUGGUAUAGAAAUAUAGAAUAAAAAUGUGGUAAGUGUAACUUUACUUGUUAAAAAAAGUAAACCAGUGAGUAACUACUAGUAGCGCAAGAGAAAAAAAAUAUUUAACUCCGAGUGUUCCAUCAAAUUUAACUGAAGAAGCACAAUGCUCUGCAAAACUACUCAUCAAAGUCAACAGAGGAAGCACAAGGCCGCCAUGGAUGGCAGCAGCAUCAGAGUCGACUGGACCAACCUUCCACCCCAACUCUACCAACUCAUCGCCCAAAACCUCAAAACCCACAUCGAAGUCCGACGAUUCCGCAGCGUCUGCAGCUCCUGGCGUUCUUCCAUUCCUCCUUUCUGCGCCUCCAUAUCUCCCAAUUUCCCUUUCCCUCACGGGCCCACUGGCUUCCUCUCCCAAAUCACCGUCUACCUCACCCGGCCCGACCCGGAUCCGAAUCUGAAUCCGAAUCCGAAUCCUUCCUCGUCGUCCUCAUCGCCUUCAUCCAUGGGCUGGUUGCUGAAGCUCGAAGAGUGCGCGGACAAGAUUCGCCUUCUGAAUCCGAUAACCAACUGGCGGGUCAGCUCUGUCAAGGACGACGUUGCAAGAAAUCCAACGGAUUUGAACCUGGUGGACCUUAACAUGGUGGAGCUGGGCAAAGCAUAUGCGCUGAGAUACACAAAGGGGUCUGGUUCCAUUUUUGGUAUAAACAAGGUGAUUGUAGCCCCUAACUUUAAAGACUGCUCAAUUUUCAUGAUCUACAAUGAAGGAAAAUUGGGUUUUGCCCAAAUUGGAAAUGAGGAGCUCACACUCAUUAAUGACCAAAUUUCUGAUUACGAUGAUUUAAUUGUGUACAAGGGUCAGCCUUGUGUUGUUAACAAAUGGGGUCAAAUUUUUAGGAUCAAUUCGUCUCUGGAAUUGGUGCCUUUUUCGCCUCCUAUUGGUUUUGGUUGCAGAAAGAAUUUGAUUGAGUGUUGUGGAGAGCUUUAUGUGGUGGAUAGGUACCUUGGUGCGAAUCAGCAACAACAAACAUCACCAAAAAUUCAUCUGCAGAGUUGGAGGGGUGCAAAGGGAAUUGCAUUUACUUCACAGAUUCAAAUGACAUUGGUUUCGCGUUGAGAGAGUUGAUCAGAUCAGAUGGGUCUGUUUUCUGCUUGGAAGAUCAAAGCAUUAAUUGGCUUAGUUCUUCCCCUGUUUAUUCUCAGAUGUUUUGGCCACU